GCUCACUUCGUGCACCACCGGCGCCGCUGGCUCACAUCCUAGCUUCUCCUCCCUUCCUGCUCCGGUCGGGAAACCUGGGAGUGGGAGACAUGGCGUCGGCGGCCGGUGCUGCUGGGUCAAAUGCCAGCCUCGCCGCCCCGCUGCUGGCGAGCCGCGAGGGAGGUGCCAAGAAGCCGGUCGGUGCCAAGGGCAAGCACUGGGAGGCCGCCGACAAGGACGAGCGGCGGGCCGCCAAGGAGAGCGGCGGCGAGGACGGCAGGCCGCUGCUGUUCCGGACGUACAAGGUCAAAGGCACCCUCCUGCACCCAUACAGGGCGCUAAUCUUCAUUCGCUUAAUUGCGGUCCUUCUAUUCUUCGUAUGGCGCAUCAAGCACAACAAAUCCGACAUCAUGUGGUUUUGGACAAUAUCAGUCGUCGGGGACGUAUGGUUCGGGUUCUCGUGGCUGCUCAACCAACUCCCAAAGUUCAACCCUAUCAAAACCAUACCUGAUAUGGUCGCCCUUAGGCGACAAUACGAUCUUUCAGAUGGGACAUCUACACUCCCGGGCAUAGAUGUCUUUGUCACCACCGCUGACCCAAUCGAUGAGCCGAUACUAUACACCAUGAAUUGUGUCCUUUCUAUCCUUGCUUCUGACUAUCCUGUCGAUAGGUGUGCCUGCUAUCUCUCAGAUGAUAGUGGAGCAUUGAUUCAAUACGAGGCCUUAGUUGAGACCGCAAAGUUUGCUACUUUGUGGGUCCCAUUUUGUCGGAAGCAUUGCAUUGAGCCAAGAGCCCCAGAAAGCUACUUUGAAAUAGAGGCACCGUUGUACACUGGAACUGCACCAGAGGAGUUCAAGAAUGAUUAUAGUAGUGUACAUAAAGAGUAUGAUGAGUUCAAAGAGCGCUUGGACUCACUAUCCGAUGCUAUUUCCAAGCGUUCUGAUGCUUACAACAGCAUGAAGACUGAGGAAGGAGAUGCAAAGGCCACGUGGAUGGCAAAUGGGACACAAUGGCCAGGAUCAUGGAUUGACACAACGGAAAUCCAUAGGAAAGGACAUCAUGCCGGAAUUGUUAAGGUUGUGUUGGACCAUUCGAUCCGUGGGCAUAAUCUUGGUUCACAAGAAAGCACCCACAACCUCAGCUUCGCCAACACCGAUGAGCGCCUCCCGAUGCUUGUGUAUAUCUCUCGUGGAAAGAACCCAAGCUAUGACCACAACAAGAAAGCUGGUGCCUUGAAUGCGCAAUUGCGUGCCUCUGCACUACUCUCCAACGCACAAUUCAUCAUCAACUUUGACUGCGACCACUACAUCAACAACUCUCAAGCCCUACGUGCAGCUAUGUGCUUCAUGCUUGAUCAAAGGCAAGGUGAUAACACUGCCUUUGUUCAAUUCCCUCAACGCUUCGACAAUGUUGAUCCAUCAGACCGAUAUGGAAACCACAACCGUGUCUUCUUUGACGGCACAAUGCUCGCCCUCAAUGGCCUCCAAGGGCCAUCUUACCUUGGCACUGGUUGCAUGUUCCGCCGCAUAGCACUUUAUGGCAUUGACCCACCUGACUGGAGACAUGACAACAUCAUAGUUGAUGAUAAAAAGUUUGGUAGCUCCAUACCCUUCCUAGAUUCCGUAUCAAAAGCCAUAAACCAAGAAAGGUCUACCAUACCUCCACCCAUUAGUGAAACAUUGGUGGCUGAGAUGGAAAGGGUUGUGUCGGCUUCACACGAUAAAGCCACUGGUUGGGGCAAGGGUGUUGGGUACAUAUAUGACAUAGCCACAGAGGAUAUCGUGACUGGUUUCCGCAUCCAUGGGCAAGGUUGGCGUUCCAUGUAUUGUACAAUGGAGCGUGACGCCUUCUGUGGCAUUGCACCAAUCAACCUAACCGAGCGCCUCCACCAAAUUGUGCGCUGGUCCGGUGGAUCUUUAGAGAUGUUCUUCUCACUAAAUAACCCACUCAUAGGUGGUCGCCGGAUCCAAGCCCUUCAGCGUGUCUCCUACCUCAACAUGACAGUCUACCCAGUCACAUCACUCUUUAUCCUACUCUAUGCUCUCAGCCCAGUGAUGUGGCUUAUCCCUGAUGAAGUAUACAUCCAGAGGCCAUUCACCAAAUAUGUCGUGUUCCUUCUCGUGAUCAUUCUGAUGAUCCAUAUAAUUGGGUGGCUCGAGAUAAAAUGGGCGGGGGUCACAUGGUUGGAUUACUGGAGGAAUGAACAGUUCUUUAUGAUCGGGUCGACGAGUGCAUACCCAGCAGCCGUGCUGCACAUGGUGGUGAAUCUCCUUACAAAGAAGGGUAUACACUUCAGAGUUACUUCGAAGCAAACAACGGCAGACACCAAUGACAAGUUUGCUGACUUGUAUGACAUGCGAUGGGUGCCAAUGUUAAUCCCUACAACAGUGGUGCUGAUUGCCAAUGUUGGUGCAAUCGGUGUAGCCAUGGGUAAAACGAUAGUAUACAUGGGAGCAUGGACAAUUGCACAGAAGACACAUGCCGCAUUGGGUCUGCUCUUCAACGUGUGGAUCAUGGUCCUGCUCUAUCCGUUUGCAUUGGCGAUCAUGGGACGGUGGGCAAAGAGGCCAGUCAUCCUGGUGGUCUUGUUGCCGGUUGCCUUUACAAUAGUUUGCCUUGUAUAUGUUUCUGUUCAUAUAUUACUUCUUAGUUUUCUUCCAUUUUAGCCAAUUGAUAUAGUACAAAACCAUUGUAUUGUUUAGGUUCUGUAGUAAGCUGGGAGCCAAAUAUGCUAUGUGUAUCCAAUAAACCAUUGUAGUACUUGUACUUUGUACCAAUUAAUAGCGGAUGGUUAUAAUUUAGGCCUUGAUGGCUAAUGUUACAACUUACAAGUGUUCGCUUUCAA